UUUCCCUUCCUGAGGGGCGGGGCACUGGCCCUGGCAGUUCUUCUUUGGGGAGGCGAAGGCAAGGAAUUUCCGCAAGGAUGGGGUCCAAACUGUUUCCCAGCUGUUUCCCUCGGAGCCGGAGGUGGAGGCGGGACAGCAAGGCCGGCCCCCAGGAGCCCCCCAGCCCAGGGUCCCCUUCAGAGGGUCCCGAGGAAGCCCCAGGCCCCCGGACCCGAUCCACGCCUUCCACCAGCAGCGACCCCUGGGACCAGCAAGGUGGACGGGCCUACUUCAGUGGCAAGGCCCGCGUCUCCUUCCGCCACCAGCUGGACUCCGAGAGAGACUCCACCGCCUGAAGGACGAGGAAGAGGAUGGCCACAAGGCUUGGACUGAGUGGGGGGCUCCCCCAAGAAGCAGGACCCCCUCCAUGACCCUUCUGCAGCUCUAAGACUGUGUAUCAAGCCAGCUGCACGGAAAAGGGGAAGCCGCUUUGGGGGUGUCUGCAAGUGUAAAGGAGCCUACGCACAAGUUGCACGGACAUCUGUUGGGAGGGCUUGACUUGUGUCUCCAUGCAAAAGGAGGCUGGUCUAUGUGGCCUCUGGGGUCCCUUCCAACUCUAGGAAUCUAUCAUUUAUCUCUUUCUUAGGGGGUUGGGCUGGAUUGUCCUUGGGGGUCUCUCCAAGGUCUAGGAAUCUAUAUGAUCGAGUUGGGGGUCCCUUCCAAUUCUAGGAGUCAGUCUAUCUUAUAGGGUUGGACUGGAUGGCCUUUGGGGUCUCUCCAAGGUCUAGGAAUCUAUCUAUCUGAGAGAAUUGGGGGUCCCUUCGCAUUUUAGGAGUCAGUCUAUCUACUAUUUAUCUAUUUCUUGGGGGAUUGGGUUGGAUGGCCUUUGGAGAAGUCACUUCCAAGUCUAGGCAUCUCUAUCUCUGAAGGGUUGGUCUGGAUGGCCUUUGGGGUCUCUUCCAACACUAGGAAACUAUUGUCUACCUAGUUUCAAGGGUUAGACUGGAUGGCCCUUGGGGUCUCUUCCAACUCUAGGAGCCUGCCUGCCUGCCUGCCUGCCUUAUAUGGUUGGCAUUGAUGG